AUCCGGCCGCCCGGGCGGGAGCUGGGCGAGAACAGCCAGCAUCCCGCGCCGCCCCUGCCCUCGCCGGCCCUGAACCGCUCUCCCUCUGGAGUGAGGAGGGCGCGGCCGCUACCAGAGCAGAGAGGGCAAGGGAGGGUCGCGCGCAUGGCCUCGGCGGGCGCGCGGCGACUCCCUGCCGGGACGCGCGCCGCGGCCCGGGGCUGCUGCGGCCUCUCGUUGCGCCCGGCUCCGCCCCCGGGCCCUCCGCGACCGCCGGGACCAAUGAGAUUUCCAAUCUCCUGCAUCUUCUUCUUGCCCCGGGCUGCCCAGGUCUUGGCGACUGAGUCUGGCUUACCUCCCAGCCGUUCCUUCAUGGGCUUUGCUGCCCCCUUCACCAACAAGCGAAAGGCUUACUCUGAGCGUCGGAUCAUGGGGUACUCAAUGCAGGAGAUGUACGAGGUGGUAGCCAAUGUCCAGGAGUAUCGUGAGUUUGUGCCCUGGUGUAAGAAGUCUUUGGUGGUAUCCAGCCGCAAAGGUCACUUGAAGGCCCAGUUGGAGGUUGGCUUUCCACCUGUUGUGGAACGUUACACUUCUGCCGUUUCCAUGGUCAAACCUCAUAUGGUCAAGGCUGUUUGCACUGAUGGCAAGCUCUUCAACCACUUAGAGACCAUUUGGCGAUUCAGCCCUGGAAUUCCUGCCUAUCCUCGAACUUGCACUGUGGACUUUUCGAUUUCCUUUGAAUUUCGCUCUCUGCUGCACUCCCAGCUGGCCACCAUCUUUUUUGAUGAGGUUGUCAAAAAGAAUGUCGCUGCCUUCGAGCGCCGGGCAGCAACCAAGUUUGGUCCAGAAACAGCUGUCCCCCGUGAACUGAUGUUUCAUGAGGUGCACCAGGCUUGAGGCAAAGGAUUAUUCCCUAGCCUCGCCUCCCCCCACCCACCCAAUUUUCUUAUUUAUUUGGCUCCUGUUCCAAUCUGAGAGAAGAGUCCAUGUUCAUAUUACUGUUCUCCCUCUCAAAUCCCCCAAAAUUGGGCUCUGAGCUGGCUAGAAAUGCUGGGGGAAAGAAAAGGCAAGGAGGCAUGGAAAGGAGACAUGCUUAGGAAAGGGUCAGGGUUAUCCUGAGAGCACCAUAUGCCUGAAGCCUGCCACCUUCUUACACUGAAUUAUAGUUGGGGCUGCGCGGUCAUCUCUGAACUCUUGUCAAGGUGCCUUAGUGUCUGACCAGGGGAAGAAAGCAGCUUUUCUUAGGACUGAAGAAAUUGAACUCUUUCUUCUGACACAGAGCUACUGGGUGGUCAGUAACCUUGCCUGCCUGAAAUGCCUCAGGAGAUGCCUGAGAUCUGGCCCCAGCUUGAAAUCCCUAUGACCUCACUUCCAUGCUGCCUGGCUAGUGGAGAGCAAGGGACUUUCUCAGCCAUCAGUGCCACAGGGGCAAGGAACAAAAGAGCACCGAACAGUUGUACUCCUGGGCUGUCUUCUACUUGGCCUGAGUUUUUAUAAAAUUUCAAUAAAUUAAUUAUGACAGUGUGAA